AUGUACAUUAUGUACAACCGAUGUUACUUGACCAGAGGAUACUGGCGGUGCCGUUAUAACGGAGGAUACCGACGGUAUCGCGUUGGCGGAUUGUGGAAGGUUGAAUUGUACGGCACCAGGAUCAGGCUCAGGAUGAGAGCCAGGGGCCAGGCUUCACUAAUUUUGAACCACAACUAUCCUGUAAAAGAGCACACGGUGCAUACCCCCGAUGACUACAUCCUUACUAUUUACCGAAUUCCAACGACCCCAAAGAGAAAUCAUCAAAACCAGACGGCCGAAAAACCAGUGGUCUUUUUGCAGCAUGGCAUCCUGUGUGCUUCAGAUGACUGGAUUAUCAACGGUCCAGAGACAUCGCUGGCCUACAUGUUUACAGACGCCGGCUACGACGUGUGGCUCGGAAACGCACGCGGCAACACAUACUCUCGCCAGCACAAGCAUAUCCAUCCGGAUACGUCUGACUUUUGGCGUUUCAGCUGGCACGAGAUAGGGGUCUAUGACCUCGCGGCCAUGUUAGACUAUGCGCUGGCGGAAAGCCAAUCAAACUCUCUGCACUUCGUGGCUCACUCCCAGGGUACCACCACAUUCUUCGUACUGAUGUCCUCUUUGCCUUGGUACAACGAGAAGAUGCGUUCCGUGCACCUACUGGCGCCAAUGGUUCAUCCAGGCAGUUACACGGACUACGAGGCCAUGAAAGCUAAGAAAGCUAAGACAAAUAUGGAACUUUCAUUCUAUGUGCCGUUGACUCUCACGAUAUCCGGUGCCGGCCCAACGGCCGAUCGUCAGCAGAACUGGGCCAACAACGACGAAGUAGUGCAGCGAUGGAAAUUGCAACGCUUGCAAUCGCCGACGACAAGCUACAGCGCAGCGCAGCCGCUGCAGUCAACCCGCUGGAGACAACAACACUUUCCGGGACAGGUGACCACAAAGCUACAAGACGACGCCGGCAGCGACGUCAACCGAGAGCGCAGCGAAGCUAGCCGGCACCGAGGAAAAACUUAG